UUUAUAAUCCUAGUGACCACAUGAAUAGAUUUUCUCCAUGCUGAGGUGUCCCUAAUCUGUUCUUUCAAGUCUCCUAAUGGUGCACCCAUCACCACUGUAACUGAGUUCAUCCACCUUGCUGCUGAUCGGUCUCUUCCUCUGUUUCUUUCCACUUUUCACAACAUUAGAGCCUUUUCCAAAGAGCUGGGACUUCCUAUUAUUUGGAAGAAGUAAAGAAACCUGUUUCUGGCCAUUUGCUCCUUGAAUGAGAAUUCUGGAUUGAUUUGUUCUAUGAUCCGUUUGUUUGUUUUCUUGGCUGUCCAGUACUCUCAGGAAUCUUCUCCAAAAAUAUUUAAGUAUAUGUGUGAAUGGAUAGAUGUGUGUGUGUGCGUGCGAGAGAGAGAAAGGGCCACAUUAUACAGUGAGAUUACUCAUUUCAGUUUAGAUAUUUAUAAGAUUAAUGCAACUUGCAGGCAGAUGCAAUAUACUUCAUUGUUGGCCUGAGUCACAUUACCCAUGAAGCCAUAAUGUGGUUUCCUUGGGUACUGUAGGAGUAAAUCCAACCAUUGGGAAUGGCAAUCAGGAUGUUGUAUGCUUACAGAACUAAUACUGAAGCAAGCAGCAACAUUAGAUAAUCCAGUGCUCUUUCUUCAACAUUAUGCCAGGCAGUAUACACCAUCAUGUGUCCCAAGUAAGGACUCUGUACAAAAAGAUCCUUCAGCUUCACCGUUUGUUGCCACUGGAACUGAAAGCCUUGGGAGAUCAAUAUGUGAAAGAUGAAUUCAGGCGACACAAAUCCAUCAGACUUCAGGAGGCCCAGCACUUCCUACAGGAGUGGGAGAACUACAAAAUGAUGCUGCAGCAGCAGGCUAAUCAACAUAUGCAAAACACCACUGAUCAGCCUGAUUUUGGAGCACAUCUCUCAGAGGAGAAACUUAAUGCCCUUCGACAUGAGCAAGUUGGACAGCUACAUGAACUAAUGCAAGAGGCCACCAAAACCAAGAGACAGUUCAGUAUUUUAGAUGAUGGAGACUGCAAACAUUAACAGGUUUUGUGAAUUUCACUUGAUGGAGUUUCAUUUUUGUGUAUUUUUUUAAAAUAGUUUUAUUCUAAAGAAUUAAGGAAGAUGGUAAAGAUACACAUAACAAAUGAUCAGAAGCAACUACUGUCAUCUAUAUAUUAUGUACUUCUACUAAAUGUGGAGAAUAGUUUAAUAUUUUGGAACAUUUCAGCUAUGUUAAAUUUAUCAUAUGCAGGAAACAAUUAAAAUGGCUUUGUACUAAGAAUAUAUUUUGUGGAUAGUCAGAACAUCAGGGAGAUAAAAACUUUGAACUGCAUAAUGAUUGAAGUUCAAAAUUUAAUAGUCUUUUUGUUUUUUUUAAAAAAAUAGAAUGCAGCUAUAUGUAUUUAACAUAAUUUAUUGUUUGAUUCAAAUGUCUUCAAGAUCAUAUCAAAUUCUGCUUUUCACUUACUUUCAAAUACCAAAAGCUGCCUUCUUUUGCCCAAUAUUUUUUCUUGCAAAAGAAAUUUUGGUUUUUCUAUUUCAUUUUAAAGCACUAAAGUAGCAGAUGGUAUUGUUACUCUUUUUGUGAUUCACCUUUGUAUCAUUCUUCAGCCUCCCAUGCUGUUCUUACUUCCUGUUCUGAUAAAAGUUUCCUUGUGAUGUCUUCCCUUGAGAUUUAAUUGGAAUAUAACAAGUCAAGCAGGCUUUAGACUGCUGGGAAGACGAUUGUUCAGUGAGAGAAGAAUAUCUGGAUACAUAGUUCAGCUGUUUCUUAUCUAAGAAAAAUGAAGAACUUCUGCAUGCCAACAGUUUUAAGAAGAGAAGUUGAACUGAAUAGGUGGAUCUUCUUUUUGUUUAACAUGCACAAUUCCCCCAGAGCCUAAUUUAUUUAUUUUAUUUUAUUUUUAAAAUUUAUAAACCACCCCACUCCCGCAGGACUCCGGGCGGCUAAUAAUAAAAACACCAUAUAACAUGACAAAACAAACAAUACAAUAACAGUCA